AUGCCUCCUUCACAGUCACAAUCGGCGACGACGAUGGUAGUGAGUAUCAACAACUUCCCUGACGAGAUACUAACUCACAUACUCUCCUUUCUUCCGUUCAAACAAGCUUUCAAAACCAGUGUUCUUUCCAAGAGGUGGCGCCCGUUAUGCUACUCACUCCCCGAUCUUCACAUCACCGUUAUUAGAAGGGUGCACAACUUCCGUCGAUUCAUGGAUGCUGUUAUGUUCUCCCCACACUCUCACAACCUAACUCUCAACUCUUUUUAUCUCACGAUCAUAAGUUGUUCUAAAUUCUUGGAGACUGAGGCUGACUGCUUCGACAAAUGGGUCGAAGCAGCAAAACAACGUCGUGUCAAGGAUCUCCAGCUACACUUUUUACCUUCGAUACACGUCCCUUUAGCACCUACUGUCUUCUGCUGCAAAACACUUGUGGUUCUAGGUUUGACGGGAAUACAUAUAGGCACUUUGUUUCAUGGUUCUGUUGAUCUUCCUUUGCUGAAAACCCUAACUAUGUUUAAUAUUCAUUUGGAAAAUAUCGAGGAUUUCAUGAAACUUCUUUCUGGGUGUCCCAUAUUGGAGAAUUUGAAAACUAGAUAUGUUAAAACAACAACCAAUGUUACAACGGGAGGGAACUUUAAAUCCUUAUCCAAGUUGAACAAUGCUGAUAUAAGAUUAUUCGACCUUCCGUUCAGAGCAAUUUAUAAUGUCCGAUUUCUACGUGUACAUGAGAUGGAGACAAAUCUUGCCAAUGAAGAAAUCAAUUUAUAUUACAAAGGCUUUUCCGUGUUUGAAAACUUAACUGACCUUCAACUAUCUUGGUGCAAUGGCGCUCAUGAUUGGGAUGAGGUAGUGAAAAUGCUCCAAAAUUGUCCCAAACUCCAAACUCUUGCAAUUAAAAAGUGGAUAGGUUCAUUGAAAACCACAAAGGAUUGGAAACACCCAUAUCAUGUUCCUGAAUGUGUUACCUCUAAUCUAACAACAUGUGAAAUCGAAGACUAUCAAGCUAUGGAAGCUGACUUUCAAUUUGCAACAUAUAUUUUGCAAAAUGCAAGGGUUUUACAGGUCGCUGUGUUCAGAUCUUUUGACUCUUCAAUUGCUGCUAAUGCGUAA